CUCUAUCACGUGGGUCAGAUAACCUUAUGUAAUCUGUCUGUUGGCCACCCCCAGCACUACAACAAACCUUAAUCAGUGUUGCCUUGAAGUGACCAGCGACCAGUGGGCAGACCAGCACUAUGGCACCUACCACCAGCAGCGACAAGGAGGCGGUGGUGGUGGUGGAUCUCAGGAGUGACACCCUGACUCAGCCCUCGGCCCUCAUGAAGCAGGCCAUGGUGGAGGCGCCGCUGGGGGAUGACGUGUUUGGUGAAGACCCGACAGUGAUUGCCCUCCAGAAGAAGGUGGCUGCUCUGCUGGGGAAGGAAGACGCCCUUUUCGUCCCCACCGGCACCAUGUCCAAUCUUGUGGCAGUCCUAACGCAUUGCCAGCAGCGAGGGAGCGAAGUUAUCUUAGGCGAUCAAAGCCACAUUCACCUGUACGAACAAGGUGGGAUUUCUCAACUCGGGGGCGUGCAUCCCAGGACAGUGCGGAACCUACCUGAUGGAACCUUUGACUUGCAUGACCUGCGGAGAGUCGUGAGGUCUGACAACGAGCACUUCCCUGUCAGCGCCCUCGUCUGCGUAGAGAACACCCACAACGUAGCCGGCGGGAAGGUGGUGCCCCUGGAUUGGAUGGACGAGCUGGGGGCCACGUGUCGCCAGCUGGGCCUGCCUCUACACAUGGAUGGGGCGCGCCUUCUCAACGCCGCCACCGCCCUGGACCUCCCGCCUGCCCGUCUCGUCAGGAGCUGCACCACCAUCAGUCUGUGUCUCAGUAAAGGGCUUGGCGCUCCUGUGGGCUCCGUACUUGCCGGCCCUCAAGAUUUCAUUAAAAGGGCGCGGAGGACCAGGAAGGCGGUAGGGGGCGGCAUGCGGCAGGCAGGGGUGGUGGCUGCCGCAGGAAUAUUUGCCCUGGACCACGUGUAUCCAGCCCUGGGACGCGACCACCGCCUUCUGCAGGAGUUAGCCCAAGCCGUGGAGGGGUGUGGCAGCAAGGUCAUAAGGUGUGACCCGCGCGGCGCCCACACCAAUAUCCUGCUGGUGGAGUGUGACCCCAGUGUGGUGACCCCCGAGGCACUGUGUGAAAGGAUGGGUCAGGCAACCCCAGCAGAAGUGACGUCACUGGGGGAACACGUCAUCGUCCGUAUUCUGCCCCUCACUGAUUCUAAAGCUCGAUUGGUCCUUCACUGUGACGUCACGCCCGGCCAGGUCCAAUCAGCGGCCAGAAAGCUGCGUUACGUCAUCAAGGAGCUGGAUUCUGAAUGCUGAUUGGCUGAUGGGUCUUUGUUUACCUUUGGGCCAAUGUAUCUUUUUGUUGGAAUAAAUUGUUGUGCUGG